AUGGACACCAACAGUCGACAUGGACCUCGAGUUUCAGCAGCGCUGCAAAGCCUACCUUUCGUAGCCUAUUCGGCGGUCGCAUUCUCGGUCGUGGCGAUUCUUGGUGCUGCCACCACACUGCCAAUGGUGUACAACUACGUGCACCAUGUGCAACGCACUAUGCACUCGGAGCUUAACUACUGCCGUACUUCCGCACGUGACAUCUGGUCUGAGCCUGGUGAUGCUGGACGUGACGGAAACCCAGGAGGACCCGGAGCUCCAGGAGGUCCAGGCACACCCGGACCCAAGGGACCACCAGGACCCAGCGGAAACCCCGGAAGCCCGGGAGCUCCAGGUCAGCCUGGAAACCCCGCAACCUCUGUCCCUGCCACUCCUGGAGCCCCAGGACCAGCUGGCCCUCCUGGACCACGUGGUCCACCCGGACCCAAUGAACAGCCUGGAAACGUAGGAACACCAGGACAGCCUGGACCCAAGGGACCUCCUGGACCCCCUGGACAGCCUGGACCAGAUGGAAACCCUGGAACUCCAGGAGACAGAGGAACACCAGGAACACCUGGAGAACGCGGAAUCUGUCCCAAAUACUGUGCCCUCGAUGGAGGUGUCUUCUUCGAGGAUGGAACUCGCCGUUAA